ACCUCGGAAAAAAAUGGUGUGUCCGUGUUAGAAAUUGACACGACACUUGUAAUCUGUGUCAGAACCGACACCGACACUUGUAAUUAUGUUCAAUUUAUUUUUUUUUAAAAAUUAUUACUGAUGUUGAUGUGGCUUGGUUUCAAUGAGAAACUUUUUACACCAAUAUUUCUAAAAAAGCACACAUUUGAAAAGUGUAUUUUUAGACAACAUAUUUUGCUUAAAGGUAUGCUAAGUCAUGUUGGAGGAUAUAGAAAGUUCCUGAUAACAUAAGUAUUGCUAAAAUAUUUUUUAUAUGCAAUUCUUUGUGAAAUACAAGAUUCACCAGCAUUAUUAAAAAUUAAAACUCAACUUUCAAGCCUGAUACAAGAGUUCCACAUAUAAAUUAAGUUAGACGAAAAACACCCUUGGCACAAACGCCAUAUAAUAUCAAUCACUUUAUUUAACACUAGUUAAUGUUAAGAUCUCUUUGCACAAACCAAUGCAUAAUGCAAGUUCAACUUAAUUAACAAAAUUAUGUUCCAAAACGGUAGUUAGACAAGAAAUGUUGCAUUUCCCUAUAAUCCCAUAAGAAAAGAAUCAACUACUCAAAAAAUUUGACCAUAGAAUUAGUAGGAAAACAUAAGAGGCUAUAAUUGCAUGGCACCUAUAAUUUAAAUCAAAACACCAACCAUUUCGUAGGUUACUACGAUAAAUUUUCAAGGAAAUCCAAUUUUGUAACAAAUCAUGCAAAUAGAAGCAUUGCAACUCUAUUUUAACAUGUCCAAUUUUAUUUCAAGGCACUAAGUGUGUGAGUGUACAUGUGACUAUAUAAAAACAUAACAUAAAUCUAUAUAUAACACUUCCCUUUGGUUCCAACAUGUUAGAAGCUCUUCAAACAUCCUCAAAAAAAGUACAAUGUUGAAUGUUGAUGUUGUUGGUAACAAGAGAAGGAAAAGAUGUGGGAGGGUUUUCAGGUUCAAGAAUUUCGGGGAACAAGGUUAUCCUGUCAUGUUUAAUGGUUCAUCGUUUCGUGAAAAUGUGAAUGUUUUACUUGAAUAUGCGAAUUUGGAGAGUAAUAUAAAUAUGGGAAUGCCUAUGUGGUCUUUUCAACUUGAGUUGCAUCAUCAUCCACCUUUGCAUGUUUUGUUGUUUGUGAUUGAAGAAUCAAUUGAGGCGGCUAUGAAUCGUCAUUGCAACCAUUGUCAAUAUGUUGGUUGGGGCAACCAUUUAAUUUGCAAUAAGAAGUAUCAUUUUCUAUUACCUUCAAAGGAGGCACUAAGUAGCUGCACUACCUGUGAAAAUUGCUGUGACUCAAUUGGUACAAUGAACAAUGGUAAGUCAAAAUUAAUAGAAUUAGAAGGCCAUAUGAUGCAUGGUGUAUUUCACUCUAAUGGAUUUGGACAUUUGCUAUGUGUCAAUGGCUUGGAAAUGGGUUCUAAUUUGGGUGGCAACCAAAUCAUGGAGUUUUGGAAUCGUUUGUGCAAUGGAUUGCAAGCAAGGAAAGUGAGUUUGAAUGACACAUCACAAAAAAGGGGCAUGGAAUUGAGACUUGUGAAUGGGAUAGCAUAUAGUGAACCAUGGUUUGGUCGUUGGGGAUACAAGUUUGGUAGAGGAUGUUUUGGUGUAACACAAUCAAUGUACCAAAAAGCCAUAGAAGCAAUAAGAAGUAUGCCACUAUACUUACUCACACACCAUAUUGCAAACUCAAGUCAUGAAAUCCCAUUAAUUUUCUCAAGGUACCAAACACUUUCUGAUCACUCUCUUAUAACCCUUGGUGACUUGUUUCACUACAUGUUAGAGCUCAAGUCGCGGCUUCCACGCGAAACAUGCAUUGGUUCCUACAACACAAAUGCCCUAGUUGAAACAAAUUGCCGUUGGUCGCCUAAAAGGAUUGAAAUGGCGACGAGGGUUAUCGUCGAGGCCUUGAAAAGAACAGAAUUCAGAUGGAUUUCAAGACAAGAAGUUAGGGAUGCAGCGCGCGUUUACAUAGGUGACACUGGUUUGUUGGAUUUUGUUUUGAAGUCGCUCGGUAACCAUGUUGUUGGAAACUAUUUGGUUCGUCGGAGCUUGAAUCCGGUUACCAAAGUUUUGGAGUAUUGUUUAGAAGACAUUUCUAAUGCUUACCCUUGUCAUGAAGGGUUGGUUAUGAGUAGUAGUAAUAAAGUGAAGGACAAGUACAAGAUCACAAGAGGUCAACUCAUGAAAGACAUGAUUUGUUUGUACAAGUACAUACUUAUUGAUACAAAACCAAUUAUAGGGUCUGAAUUUCUUUCGGCUAUACCAUUGGCAGCUAGAAUAAUUCUUGAUACAAAGUAUCUUAUCAAAGACUAUGGCGAGGUACCUUUGCAAGUUGAAUUAGGAUCAGAAGGAAAAUUCAAUAUUUAUUGCACAAUUUUGUUGAGGAAUGUUAACAAUGUAGGACAUGAUCAUGAGUAUUAUUUGAACAAUGAAAUGUCAAUGCCUCCUUAUGAAUGUAUCACAUUGAAAAAUUGUGCUACAAUUAAUGACUUAAAGCUAGAAGUUGAAAGGAAUUUUAGGGAAAUCUAUUGGGGGUUAAGGGGUUUUGUGGUGGAAUCAAAUGAGAAUUUGAUGAAUGCAAAAGGGAAUGAAAUGGUUUUUGGAAUGGUUGAAGUUGGUGGAAAGCUUGUUCUUGAAGGUUGGCAUGGUAGUGACAUGGUUGAGCAAAUAUGUGAAAGGAAUCCAAAUAAGGGAAUUGUGGAUUGCACUUGUGGAACUAAAGAAGAUGAUGGUGAAAGAUUGGUGUCUUGUGAUAUUUGUGAAAUUUGGCAACACACUAGAUGUGUUAGAAUUCCAAAUGAUGAAGAAGUCCCUCAUAUUUUUCUAUGCAAAAGGUGUGAGCAAGAAAUUGUUCUUUUUCCUUCUUUGCCAUAA